UCAUCGGGACAAGACACGCCCCCUCAGUCAGCACAACAUCCUGCAGUAUGACUUCUUUAUUAGAGGAAACUGAGGUAAAACUGAGGAAAACAAACGAUUAUCUGCUGAAAUUAAAGUCAACUGAAGUUCGACGGUGAUCACGGUUCAGCUUAAAGUAACACAAAAGACAUGAAUCAUAAAAAGAGCUGCUGUGAGACUGCGUAGGUAUACAGAUUUAACAAGACUGCAACCAAUUUUGUGUCAGGUGGAGGUUUCAGAGGUCAGAUAUCUUUAUCAGUUUAUGUCACCAUCAAACAUCUCUUAAAAAGAUGCAGAAGAUCAAAACUGAAGUGACAAUCAUCAGACAUCCAACAGCAGAACAACAGAUCAAAAUAAAGGUGUGUUUGGUGAUGAUGUGAAGUCAGUGUCAGUGAUGGAGGGAGAUUCUCUUACUCUACACACUCAUCUUACUGAAAUUAAGAAACGUGAUCUGAUUAUGUGGAGGUUUGUUGUAGCUCAAGAGUUUAUUAUAGUUAAAAUCAAUGGAGCAGCUAAUAAGACAUCAAUAUAUGAUGAUGUUCUUGAUGGGAGAUUCAGAGACAGACUGCAGGUGAAUAAUCAGACUGGAGAUCUCACCAUCACAAACAUCACAACUCAACACACUGGACUUUAUCAAAUAAACAUCAACAGUGAGCAGAAGUUGUCAUUCAGAUUCAAUGUUACUGUCUUUGCUCGUCUGCCCGUUCCUGUCAUCACUACACAAAACUCUUCAUCAUCAGAAACAUCAUCAUGUGUGUUGUUUUGUUCAGUGUUGAAUGUGAGAGAUGUGAGUCUGUCCUGGUACAAAGGAAGCAGUUUAUUGUCCAUCAUCAGUGUGUCUGAUUUCAACAUCAACAUCAUCUCUCUUCAUCUGAAGUGUCUGGAUGAUUCUUACAGCUGUGUGGUGAACAAUUCAUUCAGUAAUCGGACUCAACAUCUCAACACCACGGAUCUCUGUCAGCCGUGUUCAGACUGUUUUUGCUGUUGUUAUGGUCCUGAAUCUGUGAUCCGAUUGGUUAUCUCUGCUCUGGUGGUCGUGGCUACUGUUGCUCUUCUGGUUUAUGACAUUUACAGCAACUCUAGUGGAGAUGAGCAGGAGAGAAGAUCACGGACAUCAUCAGACCAUCACUGAGAAAUUGUAGUACUGAUAACUGCAGACUGGGAGUACCCCAAGAGCUGCUGUGUUGGAGAAGAUCCGACCCAGUCGUCCAGGCCCGGAUUGGCCAUUGGGAGGACUGGGGGAAAGCACGCCCCUCGAAUGCAGAUGAGCCAAUGGCGGUUGAGUAUCAGUUACACCCGGGACCAGAACACAGACAACUGCAGGUUUCAGGGUCAUAGAAAAGCAUUGUAUGAUCUGAAGCUUACAUUAUUUUGUUUAUGCUGCCAAAAUGGUAAAACAAUGUGCCUGGGGUACUUAUAACACUAUUUCAGGUAUCUUGGGAGGAUGGGCAAUAAAAUGUAUUUUAUUCCAUUUUCUAAACCCAAACAAGACAGAGCAAAAUGUCACGUAAUGUCCAGAUCAACAAGAAUGUAUACAUUAGUUCUAAAAUGAGUCAAAGAAAACAUGUUUUAAUUUGUGCUAACGUCACCUUAACUUUUUUAAUCACAAUCAUUAAGUUAGCAUUAAGAUAGCUUGUGCCAACGUUAGCGAAAGUUCGGUUCCUCUCCAUAAUAUAUUAAUCUGGUUAAAUGUAAGCUUAUUUUAUAUUAUGUGGUACAUGAACAGUGUUAAUCUUGAUGUCAUCUGCGAUUGUGACGACCAUAACAAGGCUUCUUCCGCCCCUUGCUUCCAAAUUAAUCUUGUUUUCCACAAUAUU